AUGACGACGGUACAGAAAAUCAAGGAGAUCGAAGAUGAGAUGGCUCGCACGCAAAAGAAUAAGGCGACGAGCUAUCACCUUGGACAGUUGAAAGCCAAGCUUGCAAAACUCCGGCGAGAGCUUAUCGGCCCGUCCGGAGGUGGUAGUGGUGGUGGUAGCGGUAUCGGCUUCGAUGUUGCACGUACUGGUAUAGCGUCCGUCGGAUUUGUAGGCUUCCCCUCGGUUGGCAAGUCGACACUCAUGUCAAAACUUACCGGCACGCACUCAGAGGCUUCGGAAAUUGACUUCACUACCCUUACGACUGUGCCUGGUACACUGAAGGUACACGGAGCGCCGAUCCAGAUUCUUGAUCUUCCUGGUAUCAUUGAGGGCGCAAACGACGGUCGUGGUAGGGGUCGCCAGGUCAUUGCUGUUGCGAGGACAUGCAACCUUAUCUUUAUUAUAUUGGAUGUCCUCAAGCCUCUUGGAGACAAGAGGCUCAUUGAGUCCGAGCUCGAAGGCUUCGGUAUUCGACUGAACAAAAAUCCUCCAAACAUCACUGUCCGCAAGAAGGACAAGGGUGGCGUUGCUAUUACAAAUACCGUGCCCUUGACGAACAUCGACCACGACGAGAUAAAAGCCGUGCUGAGCGAGUAUAAGAUUAGCAACGCCGACGUCGCCAUCCGACAAGCGGGUGCUACAGCAGACGAUCUUGUGGAUGUUAUCGAAGGCAAUCGAGUGUAUAUUCCGGCAAUUUAUGUGCUCAACAAAAUCGACGCAAUCUCAAUCGAGGAGCUUGACCUGCUCUACAAGAUUCCUAAUAGUGUUCCAAUAUCUUCAAGGGAAUGGCUCAACAUCGACGAGCUCAUAGAGAAGAUGUGGGAAGCUCUGAAUCUUGUGCGGGUCUACACCAAGCCACGAGGUCUUCCGCCCGAUUACAGCGCCCCCGUUGUCCUCCGCCGGGGCAAAUCAACAAUUGAAGAUUUCUGCAAUGCGAUCCAUAAGGAAAUUGCGAAGCAGAUGAAAUAUGCCAUUGUUUGGGGAGCUAGUGCUAAGCAUACGAGGGGCCAGAAAGUUGGCUUGGACCACGUGCUAGAGGACGAGGAUGUCGUACAUAUCGCGAAGAAGUAG